AUGACCUCACUAUUCAUUGCACUGGUGACAGCACCAGCACUACUCUCCACGAAUGAGGCAAUUAGACAAGGCCAACCCAAAGAUCGCAGGGAAGAACAUCGUGCACGGAGAUGCAAUUUGAUUACAAGUUGUGUUGAAGCAUCACCGCUUAGCCUUGAGGUUGAUCAUAGGCAGAUUAUUCUCAGAGAUUCCAAAGUUAGUGAUAGAAUGUACUGA